UUUUCUUCCUCUCUAUCUCUUUCCGAUCCAGCUGUGGCCAUCAGCGAUCCAUUCUUCAGCGCCAAUCAGUCCUCAUGGAUGUCAUUCCCACCUGUGAGUAUCAGACACAGGACUGUUGUGCAGCUGCAGUUCCAGCCUUUAUCACCUGAUGGCAUCCUCGUCUACACCGCACAGCAUCUCAGUGCCAGAGCUGGAGAUUUCUUCUGCCUCUCCUUGGCAUCUGGGUUUGUUCAGUUGCGCUACAAUCUCGGGGAUGGCACCCACAUCCUGCAGUCUACUGAGAAAGUGGACUUGCGUGGCAGCACCUGGCACACCGUGAAGGCUGGUCGAACUGGUCACCAAGGUUUCCUGAGUCUGGAUAGCAAGGAGGUUAGAGAGAAUGCCAGCAAAGGGAUGACCACCCUUGAUGUGGCUACAGACAUCUUUGUCGGAGGUGUAUCCACUCUGAGCUUUGUCUCUACAGACGCAACUGAAGGGGAGCCAAUGAGCUUCACCGGUGGCUUGAGAGAACUCAUACUGAACGGUGAAGAGUUAGAGUUGACAGAGUUGGGAGCUGUAAGUGGAGCAAACGUAGGGGACUGGGAUGGAACCGCCUGCGGGUACAAGGUCUGCCAAAAUGGAGGUCGCUGCAAGCCAACAGGAAGUGACUCAUUUACAUGUAUAUGCCCACCAUUAUGGACUGGCCCGGCAUGCAAUCAGUCUAUAAACUGUGUAAAUAACAAUUGCAGUCAUGGCUCUCUAUGCGCUCCAUCUAAUAUCUCCUCGUACAGCUGCAUGUGCCCCUUAGGAUGGGGAGGGAUGUACUGUGAUAAGCAAAUAUCCACAGACAUUUUGAGGUUUGUUGGAAACUCCUACGUUAAAUACUUGGACCCGAGAUACGACACAAGAAAUUUAAAACGCGCACAGGUUUCUUUCAGCUUCCGCGCAAACUCAAAUGACAGUUUGAUCAUGUGGAUGGGAAAAGCCGAACACGAAGACGACGACUACCUCACAGUGGGACUUGAGGGAGGCCAUCUCAAAAUUGCAGUCAAUCUUGGAGAAAGACUUUCUCUCCCUUUAACUGUGAGAAAUCUCACUCUCUGCUGCAAUAAGUGGCAUAAUGUCUCCAUAUCUUUAAACGGCACAGUGGUUCAGGCAUCCCUGAACAGUAAGAGGAUCCUUUUUGAAGAUGUGGAUCCAUUUGAGCGAUAUAUAGCCUUAAACUAUGGGGGGCAGCUUUACUUUGGAGGGUUGGAAUUAUAUAGAAAUGUAUCAGUUGUGACCUCUGGAUUGUUUUCAAAGAGCUUUGAAGGAAGUCUUAGGAAUGUCUAUUUGUUUGGCGAUACAAAGCCAGUGCAGUUUCUUGAAAAUAGCGAGGGUUUUAAUAUUUACAAGGGCGAUGGAUGAUCAAACCGUAACCGUAGGCCUCCAGAAAAGCUAGAAAUUCCCCUUGUGACAUGACCUCAAAGUUGAUAUUAGUUGUGCUUUUUGAUGUUUUACUACAAACUAGUUUGUGCAUUUGUGUAGUGACUGACAGUAUUUGGGUUCCUUUUUGAAACAUUAUGCUAAAUAUUUUCCCCUAUUUGUUUUCAUUACAUUUUUUUUUAAAGAUCACAGCAUUUUUUGGGAUACAUUUCCUUAUUCUGACUCGGGUGCAUGUAACAAAACUAAAUUAAAACAAUACUUGCAAAUGUAAAACUGCAGAUUUCAAAAACAUGACAUAAUUUCAAGUUUGUGUCUAAUUCCUAAGCAGACUCGGCUGCUCUUAUUUUACCAGUUGUCGGUUUUAUUUUUGAUGAAAUUACAAUGAAACAUGAGGCUUUUUUUAUAAUCAACAAUAAAAAAAGGAUUAGCUUUAUUACGAACUGUACAUAAACACACAGUGCAAAGGCACACUUUCUCUCUAAUGUAUAUUACAAGCCAAAAUGUACAUACUUUCUCAGUAGAAAGUAAGUUUAUAAAAUAUUUAAGCAAUUAAAAAGAAAUUAAAUUGAAAAAAGGACAAAGAACUAAUUAGAUCUCUGCCCUCAGUUAAAUACUUUGUUACAUUCAGGCCAAACACUGAACUUAAAUCUUUCAAGAAAUGGUCCA